GGCGUGCUGCACUGCGACAACAGAAGAGUUCACCAAAUGCACCAUCAUAUCUAUUGUCCUGUCUGAGACUGGAUUGUUUUAGGACUUGCGAUGAGCCGCUUCAGCGUGGACAACAACAACUUUCCCUACAACAACAAUGUUCUUGUGUUGGACAUGGUGUUGAGCUCACUGUGGCGAGUGCCACAACCCAUAAACUGGGACAAUGUAGCCAAGCUUGUCCCAGACUUCACUCCAAAGGAGUGCGCUCAUCGAUUUGAGGAGCUGAAAAAUUCAGGAGGUUUUCUUCAUGUGGAUAACCAGUGUAACACCGUGACUGAAGGCAGCAGCUCUCCUUCAGAUGCACUGUCCACACUGUUGGACUCUGGGGAGGUGGUGGAAACAGGAAGCACCCAAAGCACCAGCAAAGUGUCAGGUUCUAGGUCGACACUGUCAGGAAGAUUUGGUGUUGUGGACAAGAAAGAGAAAAGACUCUCAGCAGAAGGAAUUGACAAGCCUCAGAAGCCACGAGAUCCUAACAUGGUGAUCCACGUGUGUGACGAGGCCAAGAACCUGAAGCAGGACUUCACGUGUCCCAGAGACCUUCUCGUGAAAGAGAUGCGCUACUUUGCUGAGUAUCUGUCUGUGGACACUCAGAGGUGGGAGGAGGUUGACAUCUCUGUCCACUGUGACGUGCAAAUCUUUGAGUGGCUCAUGAACUACGUGAGGAGGAACUCCACAGGAGAGCGAAGCAAAGACAAACCGAGGCUCGAGCCCAGCAAUGUGAUCUCAAUCCUGAUCUCCUCCGAGUUCUUGAAGAUGGAUACAUUAGUGGAGGAGUGCAUUCAGUACUGUCACAAACACAUGAGUGUGAUUGUGGCCACGCCUUGCAACAUGAACUGUAUUAACAGCAACCUGGCCACGCGGAUCGCUGAGCUCUUCAACCACAAUGAGGCAGACGACAUCAGGGACAAAAAGGACAAGUUCAAAAGCAAAUUGUUCCAGAAGAAAAUUGAACAUCUUUUCGAUCCUGGCUACAAGAGCAAAGAUUCACCAGGAAACGCCUCAACUCUCUACAGGUGUGGUCUGUGCCUUAAGCUGCUGACCACAGACACUGAGAGGAAGAUUUCUUGUAUUCCAGGAAAAAUCAGUGUUGAUGCUCGAGGAGAGAUAAUCUAUAUGCACAUACGACAGAAGAGCUGGGAUGUGCACGAGUAUCUCGGCAGCCUGUACGAGGAGCUCAAGUCGUGGGUUCUGGUGUACUGGAGAAUCUGGGGAACAAUCAACUACCUUACCUGCUCCAGAUGCCAACAGGUGUUUCUGUGUGCAGAGCUGACACAUUGCAAGUACCACCCAGACCGUGUUUUGUACCCUGGCAUGGCUGGAGAGAAAGGUUGGCAUGGUGGUGGGAUGUAUCCAUGCUGCAAACAGAGGGUUCUUCGAUUUGACCCAUCUGGUAUGCCCAAGGGCUGUAAGAUGAGAGACCACAUAGUUAGUCUCCCUGAUGAGGACAACGGUGAUGAGGUGACCUCAGCUCAGACUAGAGUCCUCAAUGACCUGUUGCUUCACAGAGACACCGUGUGUUUGUCCAAUGUACUGAAAGAAGACCGAGCUGCGGAGUGUCGUUCCAGCACUGAGAAGGUUCAGGACUGUGACGUUCUCUUGGAGCCAACUCUGCUGGGGCCUCUGAGAGCAGACACCAGUGCUUUUUCGCUUUUGAAAAAUUGGAGUCUACAACUGAGGCAACAGUCUCUGCUGUCGGAGGACGAGGAGUACACCACGGGCUCAGAGGUGACUGAAGACGAGGUGGGAGAUGAAGAGGAGCUGUCCAAGAAACAAGCUGCUAAAAAGGCCAAGAAAGUUCACAGGCCGCUGAAAAAGCAGGUGUCCUCUCCAAACUUUCAGCGCAAAGACAAAACAGAAAAAUCACAGUCAAGAGACAGCACACCUUUCACUGUGAGCGUUCAGAAAAGUAAGUGGGACAGUUCACGCUCCUUGAGGUACAACCAGGACGCUCAAAGAGAAGAAGACCAGCGCCGCAUGGUGGAGAUCAUCGGCUACCUGACCAAGAUGAGGUUUGGAGAUCAGGAACAGAGCAAAUCCAAGGAGACAAAGGAGCCUGCAGGGGGAAUCUAUUCAAGGCUGGAAGCACAAUUUAAGAAUGCAGCUCAACAAAGGCCAAAUUUAGAGAAGACACCGAGAUCUAAAAUGCGCUACACUCAGAUCCGGACAACAUAGAAACACGAUGAAAAAGCUGCAACUACUUGAAUGACCAUGAGGACC